UGGCCGUGGAAGUUCGUAGCGUGACUUUCUCGUAGUAGGCCAGUGCUUGACAUCUUUCAUUUGUGGUCUGUGUGCAAUCGCAAUUUUGGAAAAAUGCGGUGAAAUUUGAUGUACAGCGACGUGCUUCCGCGAAAUCGGCCAUUUUGGUAGUGCGUGUUUCACGAAAACGGAUAGGAUCAUCUCUGGCAGCUACCCUUGACGGUUGUGCGUGGAAGUGGUGGCAGCUCGGUGUCACCCACAGGACACAGCCGUAAAACUGAAAACGAUCGUGUUCCUGGGCCAGUGAUCAAAAUGGCAGGAAACGUGGGUAUGGAACAAUUAAUCCCGAUUGUGAACAAGCUGCAGGAUGCGUUCACACAACUUGGGGUGCACAUGCAACUCGAUCUACCACAGAUCGCGGUAGUAGGUGGUCAGAGUGCAGGAAAAAGUUCCGUUCUUGAGAACUUCGUUGGAAAUCAUAUGAAAUUAUUCACAAUAUUUAUAUCUGAGAAAGAAAACUUUCAUAAAUUAUUAAUUAAUUAUUUCUUCCUUGUAGAAAAUGCUGAAUUUCUCCAUUGUAAAGGCAAAAAGUUUGUGGAUUUUGAUGAAGUACGGAAGGAAAUCGAAGCAGAAACAGACAGAGUUACAGGCAGUAAUAAGGGUAUUUCUAAUAUACCAAUAAAUUUAAGAGUGUAUUCACCUAAUGUUUUAAAUUUGACAUUGAUUGAUUUACCUGGCCUCACAAAAGUACCAAUUGGAGAUCAACCUGUAGACAUAGAAAGUCAAAUUAAAGCUAUGAUUUUUCAAUUCAUAAAAAGAGAAAAUUGUCUUAUAUUGGCAGUAACUCCAGCAAACACUGAUUUAGCAAAUAGUGAUGCUCUUAAACUUGCCAAAGAAGUAGAUCCUCAAGGUGUUCGUACAAUUGGUGUUAUUACUAAAUUGGAUCUUAUGGAUGAUGGUACUGAUGCAAGAGAUAUUUUGGAAAACAAAUUGCUACCCCUAAGACGAGGUUAUAUAGGUGUUGUUAACAGAAGUCAAAAAGAUAUAGAAGGACGAAAAGAUAUAAAAAAUGCUCUAGCAGCUGAAAGGAAAUUUUUCCUAAGCCAUCCAUCUUAUCGGCAUCUAGCAGAUAGAUUAGGAACACCAUAUUUGCAACGUGUUUUGAAUCAACAAUUAACAAAUCAUAUCAGGGAUACUUUACCAGCAUUAAGAGAUAGAUUACAAAAACAGUUGCUUACAUUGGAAAAAGAUGUAGAACAAUACAAACAUCUCAGACCUGAUGAUCCUGCCAUAAAAACUAAAGCUAUGUUACAGAUGAUACAACAACUUCAGUCAGAUUUUGAAAGGACCAUAGAAGGUUCAGGAUCUGCACAAAUCAACACAAAUGAGCUUAGUGGAGGUGCUAAAAUAAAUAGAUUAUUCCAUGAACGUUUUCCGUUUGAAAUAGUUAAAAUGGAAUUUGAUGAAAAAGAAUUAAGAAGAGAAAUUGCUUUUGCCAUCAGAAAUAUUCAUGGUAUCAGGGUAGGCUUGUUUACUCCUGAUAUGGCCUUUGAGGCAAUAGUCAAGAAACAAAUAAAUAGACUCAAAGAACCUAGUCUAAAAUGUGUGGACCUAGUUGUACAAGAACUCAGUAAUGUUGUACGCAUUUGUACUGAUAGGAUGUCACGUUAUCCUAGAUUGAGAGAAGAAACGGAACGUAUUAUAACUACUCAUGUUAGACAACGCGAACAGAUGUGCAAGGAACAGUUGAUACUCUUGGUUGAUUGUGAACUUGCAUACAUGAACACAAAUCAUGAAGAUUUUAUUGGUUUUGCCAAUGCACAACAAUCUUCCGAAAAUGCUGUUAAGUCUGGUCGUCAUACUUUAGGCAAUCAAGUAAUACGCAAAGGGUACAUGUGCAUCCACAAUCUCGGUAUAAUGAAGGGUGGUUCAAGAGAUUAUUGGUUUGUCCUAACAUCAGAGAGCAUUUCUUGGUACAAAGAUGAAGAAGAACGUGAGAAGAAGUACAUGCUGCCUUUAGAUGGAUUGAAAUUACGCGAUUUGGAACAAGGAUUCAUGUCUCGACGUCAUUUAUUUGCUUUAUUCAAUCCGGAAGGAAGAAAUGUUUAUAAGGAUUAUAAACAGCUUGAACUGAGUUGUGAAACACAGGAUGAUGUGGAUUCAUGGAAAGCUUCUUUCCUCAGGGCUGGUGUAUAUCCCGAAAAGUCAACGGAGCAAACAAAUGGUGAAGGAGAGGGUGGAUCGGAAGCUCAGUCAUCAAUGGAUCCUCAGCUUGAACGACAAGUAGAGACUAUUAGGAAUCUAGUGGAUUCAUACAUGAAAAUUGUUACGAAAACAACUCGCGAUUUGGUUCCAAAGACAAUUAUGCAUUUGAUUAUCAAUAAUGCAAAGGACUUCAUUAAUGGAGAGUUGUUGGCACAUUUGUAUGCAAGUGGUGAUCAGGCAUCAAUGAUGGAGGAAUCGCCUGAAGAAGCACAAAAACGAGAGGAAAUGUUACGCAUGUAUCAUGCAUGCAAAGAGGCACUUCGUAUUAUUGGAGAUGUUUCGAUGGCGACCGUCUCCACUCCAGUGCCACCGCCUGUGAAAAAUGAUUGGUUGGCGUCUGGUGAAAAUCCAAGGUUAUCCCCACCAUCACCUGGUGGACCAAGACGUGGAGUGACACAGCCACCACCUCUUUCUAGCUCCCGAGCUCCUCCUCCGGUUCCGACGGGUGGUCGACCAGCUCCGGCUAUUCCUAAUCGACCUGGACCUGGUGGACCUCCGCCGGUCCGUGCUACACCUGGCCUACCUCCUCCUCUAAUACCAUCUCGUGGGGGUGGUCUUCAGCAGAGGGUGACUCAAGCUGCGACGCAGGCCGCUGCAAAUGCCGCCGUCAACGAGCUGAUGGAUGCAUUCAAGAUCAAGCGUCCCGUACCCAAUAUUCCUCCCCGAAUUCCCGACAGACCGUACUACGGCCGAUUAAACUGAGCUAGUCCAUGGAAAGCACACGACACCUGUGCACAUCCACGCCCGAGAGAGUAUUCGAAGAGAGUUUCGUUCUGAAACGAGCCGAUGACUUGGACAUGAAAACGAGUUCAGGACGGAGAGAGCUGGUGAGGCGGUCACCCAACGAAAUAGUAAAAUGUGGGUUGAAGGGUGAGAAAAAGAAAGAGAAUCCGGGGGUGAGAAAACCUCUCCAGGAGUAGAACGCGUCCUUUCUAAGAUCUGUGCCUUCCUUUAACAAAAAAAAUCUCCGCAAACGCACAAAUUCCUGUCGUCUUCUUCGCUUCCACGAGAAGAGAAACAUGGAGAAAAAAAAAAGAAGAAAGGGUAUCGGAGGGACGCGAUCGAUGAUGGAGCAGGAGGAACAAGGCUGUGCCCAAAAAAUAAAACAAAACUAAAGAGAAAGAGGGACCAAAAAAAACGAACAAAAUCAGGCCCAGCAAACACACGCAAAAGGAAGAUGGUGGUCUGCUAGAGACUGUUUAUUACUCGAUGGUUCAACAGCCGGAGAAUCGUAUCGGUCACACACAACUUCUACUUCUUUCUCUGAUAUUUCGUCUUCUAUAUUAUUUAUAAUACCGUUAGACGCGUUAGGUUAGAGACGUGUUAGCUGCUAAGUAUUAAA